CAUGGAUUCGCUUCCUUCGGUUCCUUUUCUGAGCUCGUUCACAGAGUGAGUGAGUGCGCGUUCGCGUUAAACCCGCCAGAAUGAACGCCUGCACACAUCAUUUAGUGACACGCAGCGGCGAGCAGAUUAUCAACAGAUGGAAUUUCGACUUUUACGUGUUAACAGCAUUCGACGCGUUCAGAAACGGAGAUUUUACCGCCUUCACGGAGUUCACCAACAUUAUUGAGAGUUUGGUGGUCAGACCCAUUGAUGGACGCAGUGACAUCAUUAUCAAACUUCGCUUUAUGCAGUUUCUGUCCAGGAUCAACAAUGGAGAUCGGUUAGAUAUCACGUUUGAAGACCCGUUGACACCUCUGGAAUCUGCUCUCAAUGUGCUGAAGUCCAUCUGCAGUGACAUGAACGUCCCUCACGGAGACCACCAGCGCGUGCACAACUGCAUCAAAGAGAUGCUCAUAAUAGUUUGCAUCAGGGCUGGAGAGUUUGAGAGAGCAGAGCAGAUGUUACACAAACACUUUCCUAAAGGAAUGGAUUCAGCUGGAAAGAAGAAGCUGUACACGAAUCUGAUCAGAAACAGACGUCGCUCUCACUCGGCGCUGCAGGUGAACUCGUACAAUGACUUUAAACAGGACAUGCUGGACUUCAUCGACAGUCUCUACAGCCUUCCAGAGCCGUUCCUCCUCAAGAUGUUGAUGAGUCCAGACAGUCGGAGACAGAGUGAAGAAUCUCCUCAGAUCAGCACAUCCCCAAAGAAGCGCAGCACAGCGGACUACACGUGUGCCACAUCAUCCCCACGCCGUUCGGCGUCUCCUCCGGCAGCCCUGGCACAAGUGAGUUUGGAGAAUCUGCGUCUGGUUUACGGUAAACUCAGCGAGAUGUACGGGGUGAGCACACCCUUCUCACAGCUUCAGCGGGACGUGGAGAACGAGGCCCUGAUGGAGAACAGGACACAAUCUGACGCCGAGCUUCAUCUGGCGCUGUCAGAGACGCCGCUCGAGAAAAUCGGAACACAGCGAGACUCCGAGGAGGAGGUGAGGGGCACGGGCGUCCACCCAGAGCUCCAUGAUUCUAACAGGAUGAAGGAGACAGAUGUUCAGGAGCUUCAGAAUGACACGCAGCGGGACUCUGUGGAGCAGAUGGUACUGUGA